GGAGUUAGCCGUUAGCAUUAGAAGCUAACAGCCGGAGUGUGUAAUGGCGGCCUCGGUGUUGCUGGGGUCUGCGGACAACACCGGACUGAACUUCAUAGUUGGAGGCAGCGGCGGAGGCGGUGGUGGGAAUGUUUUGGUCGGGAAUAACAACGGCCUGGGACCGGUGGGCCCGGCGCCCUGGAACCGCUCCUUGGACCGAGCUCUGGACGAAGCCUCGGCCACCGGGUGUCUGAACCUCAGCGGCAGGAAGCUGAAGGAGUUCCCCCGCAGCGCCGCCAACCACGACCUGACGGACACCACCCGGGCCGACCUUUCUCGUAAUCGCCUGUCAGAGCUUCCUCUGGACGUCUGUGUCUUUGUGUCUCUGGAGAGUCUGAACCUGUACCAGAACUGUCUGAGGACUCUGCCCGACAGUCUGCUGAACCUGCAGGCCCUGACCUACCUGAACCUCAGUCGGAACCAGCUGUCCGUCCUCCCUCCGGUCGUCUGCAGUCUUCCUCUGAAGGUCCUCAUCGCCUGUAACAACAAACUGGUUUCUCUACCAGAAGAACUGGGACAGCUCCGACACCUGACGGAGCUGGAUGUGAGCUGUAAUGAGAUCCAGACGCUGCCAUCUCAGGUCGGCCAGUUGGAGGCGCUGCGAGACCUGAACAUCAGGAGGAACCACCUCGUCCGACUGCCACCAGAGCUGUCUGAGCUGCCUCUGGUCCGGUUGGAUUUCUCCUGUAACAAAGUGACGUCCAUCCCCGUCUGUUACCGCAGGCUCACUCAACUGCAGACCAUCGUCCUCGACAACAACCCCCUCCAGACCCCACCUGCACAGAUCUGUAUAAAGGGUAAAGUCCACAUCUUCAAGUACUUGAACCUAGAGGCCACCAAGACGACCCCUGACCUCCCGGACUAUGACAGACGACCUUUGACCUUCAGCUCCUGUGUUGAUGAGUUGUAUCCUGGACGUCCGUACGGAGCGUUGGAUUCAGGAUUCAACAGCGUCGACAGCGGAGACAAGAGAUGGUCUGGAAACGAGGCCACUGAGGAGCUGUCCGAGAUGAGCCGAGACCCGCGGUUGAGACGAGACGAUGGCCGGGGAGGAGGCGGAGCUCUGACGAACGGGUCAUACAUGGAGCUGGAGCAGAUCGACUUCAUCGACAGCUGCGUGGGCGAGGAGGAGGAUGACGAAGGCAGGAGGAGUCGAGGAGGAGGGGGAGGAGACACCAGCCUCAGCUCACAGUUCAUGGCCUACAUCGAAAGACGCAUCACCAGGGAGGGUUCACCGGUCAAAAGCAACACCUCGAGGACAGACGACAGGAGGCACAACAGGAGCGUGGUGGAUGGAGUCGCGGCGCCCCCUGGUGCUCAGACUCAGAGGGGGGGCGUGGAGAGGAUGAGGAGGGAGGCUCAGCUCGCCGCUCUGAGGUACGACGAAGAACGGCAGAAGAACCGACCUGUCCAGAGGGACGCUGUCGGCUCCUACACUAAGCAUAAAGCAGCUCAGAGUCCGUCGAAGUCCAGUCCGGACAGCGAGAACGUCUACCCGUCCAGACGCUCCACCCACACAGAUGACUCCGCCCUCUUCAUGUUUGUCCUGGUGUUUGAAAUCGAUUCCAAUACGAACACGAUAAAGAGGCGUCCGGGCACUCACAGACAGUCCGUGUCUGCAGACGGCUGCUGCUCUCUGUCCUCUGACAGCGCCUCCUCCUGUCCACUGCAGGGGGAGGACAGAGCCGCUCUUUCUCCUACAGCCAAUCAGUCGCCUUCAUACCCCAGUUCAGGGGGUGUGGCCCCUUGUCGGACCGCCAGCCUGAGACCGGAGAGCUUCUUGUAUCGUCUCGGCCAGAAAGAGGAGAAGAGGAAAGGUGAAACUGCUCCUCAGAACCAGGAGGAGGCUCCCACUGCUCCUCCUCUGAUUGGAGAGGACGCCGAGCUGGUGGAGCAGCUCCGCAAGAACAUCGAGGCCCGUCUCAAGGUGUCGUUGCCAAGCGACCUGGGGGCGGCGUUGACGGACGGUGUGGUGCUGUGUCACCUGGCCAAUCAUGUUCGACCGCGCUCCGUCCCCAGCAUCCACGUCCCCUCCCCCGCCGUGCCUAAACUCACCAUGGCCAAAUGUCGAAGGAACGUCGAGAAUUUCCUGGAGGCGUGUCGUCGGAUUGGCGUUCCACAGAGUCAGUUGUGUCUUCCUCUCCACAUCCUGGAGGAGCGGGGGCUUCCCCAGGUGGCUGGGACCGUCAGCGCUCUGCUUGAACUGGCCCCGCCCAGACACUCCGUCACCUCAACAAGCGCCACCACCACGACGCCGACGACGUCCAGACCCUCCGUUGCCAUGUAGACGCCCCUGCCCCGAACCGCACACGCACACAACCUCCUUUAACACUGCAGCGAGAUGGGUUAAAGGUCAGAAACCUGCAGCCGCUUCGUAGGUAAAAACUGACAAAUUGGACCAGAUGGAGAGACCAACAGCUGAAGCACGAUUCGGCAAAUGUAUAGGAUGACUCUGGACACGUACAGGAUGACUCAGCAAAAAAAAUACAGGAUGACUCCGGACAAAUGUACAGGUUGACUCAGCUAAAAUAUACAGGAUGAUUCAGCAAAAAAAAUACAGGAUGACUCAGCAAAAAGAUACAGGAUGACUCAGCUAAAAUGUACAGGAUGACUCAGCAAAAAAAAUACAGGAUGACUCCGGACAAAUGUACAGGAUGACUCGGCAAAAAUAUUCAGGAUGACUUAGCUAAAAUAUACAGGGUAACUAAAAAUGUACAGGAUUUUACCAUGAAAAUAUAUGGCAUGACUCGGCUAAAUUAUACAGGGUGACUUCGCAGAAAUAUACAGGACGAGUCUGCAAAAAUAUACAGGAUGACUCAAUAAAUAUGUACAGGAUUUUACAAUUAAACUAUACGGGAUCUCAGCAAAAAUAUUCCAGAUAAAUGGGCUGAAUGUACAGGAUGAGUCUGCGGUCGUAUUAGUCCACAAUAGGUUAAAUAUGCCAGUACUACAGUAAAAAAUGUUUUAGUGUGUUCACGGAUCCGAUUGUGUCGCAUCAAUUAAUGAGAUACAACGGAACGUGUCUGAUCAUGUUCUGACCAAUCAGCUGCUGUUGCUUUGGGAGAAGGAGCCAAUCGGAGCUGUCGGAAUCUUAAAUGUUACAUUAUUGCAGCUAAGAGCCAAAGCUGUUGCCAUGGUUACUGAAUCCUGAAUUUCAAAGUGAAGUGCACUUUGAUUUUAACUUUGUUUGUAGACUUUUAAAGUAAUUUCAGAUGUUUUUUGGGUUUUUUUUUGUACCUUUGACGCUAGAAAUGACCUUGUUGACUCUUGACUGCAGUGUCUCAGCUCAGUCUCAGUGUUUUUUUUUUUUUUUAAUUCUAUAAUGGGUCAUCGUAGUGGGUUAACUUAAUGUGACUUCAUUUAGUUCUGGUUCUAUAAAGCACACUAAACGUGCGAUCAUGAGGAUGUAGAUUUCAAUGCACAUUGACUCAAAGCCAAAAAGUUUCCUCAGAUUAACACAUUGGGUAACAGGGUUUACUUUUUACUUUAAACAAAAAAUUAACCAUAAAACUUUUUUCAAAACAAUAAUUACCAUGUAAUUCCAUGGAUAAAGUGACUUCAGUCAUGAAUGUACUGUAGCUCAGUGCUAGCUAAACAUGGCUGUACAUGCUAACGGUGUCUAAAAAUGUACAGCAGGUUGAAAAUGACACUAAUAAAACUUGUUGCAAAUGUCACCAACAUCACAGUUGGUUUAAAGAUGCAAGAAUGUCGCUUAUUGCUAAUAUUACCUAACAGUAAGUUGGUUCAUACAGUAAAGAGACACUGCCAACUGUAAGCUAACGAUCUAGCUCACUGCUAAACGGACUGAAAACUAAUGACGGGUGGUGUAGCAACUGCAAAUAAAGCUAAGUGCUACAGAAUACACAUGUACAGUGUCCAGUUUGAAAAUGCACAGUGCUAAUAUUAGCUUUUUUUUUUUUCUUUUAGCUAGCUAAAAUGUUAGUUAAUAAUGUACUUGAUUUUAUUUUAAGCUAAUGUAGCUUUUUCGCUACAUCUGAAGUAGGGACACGUACUGCUGACGCAUAAAGAUGUGUAAUAUUUAGGUUCAAAAUGCUAAUAUUAGCUGACAGUAUGACGCUAACGGCUGUGGUUGUAGGAUUUUAGUCAUAAAGUGAAACAUUAGGUAAUGUUUAAAUUUUGGAGUCAGUGUGGCGCUAACGGCUAAUGUUAGCUCCAUGUUACAUUUGAGUUGGAUGUUCAGCUGUUCGUUUCUCCAUCACAUCCAUGGUUGAACCUGCAGUAGGACCUUUAUUUUCAAACUGGCUUUGGUUUCUUUAUGAAGAAGCAGCUGGAGAUGAAACCUGACAACUUCUGGUUUUUAUGUUCUUUUGAGUCCUCCUUAUUCUGAUUUAGUUUUAUUUUUCAGUCAGAGUUGAUCAAUAACUCCUCGUCAUCAUCAGGACCUUCUUCACGUCAUAAUAAACUGAAGAAUCAAACCACAAAACUAUGAAGAGAAAAUAAACUAAGACAGAACAGGCUGUUUCCGUCAAAUAUUUUCAUCACAUUUAAUUUAAAACAACGUUAAAAAAUCCAAUGAAGGAUCUGUAAUAAAGUAACAGCCAAUCAGGAGCCAUUAAAGGAGAAAAUACUGGAUAUAUUUGGGAAUGACAUAAAAUCAAGGGUUUGAUUGUCAAACGGAGUAUGUUCUUAGUGUUUAUUUCAUGUAGUUUUAUUUAUUUAACAUGCUAAAUUAUUUUAAUAAUGGUCCAAAACCUAGAAAAUAUUUAUUGUCUUUCACGACGAAAUCACGCAUCAGUUUUAUCUUGUUUUCAUGUGAAUGUGAAUUUCCUGAACGCUUUUGGAUAUGUGAAUAUUUGAGGCUUAAACCUUCAGUUUGAGGCGGAGACUGAAUGUCCUGAUGUGACUGGAGGAUGAUGAUCAGCUCAACCAAUUAGCUGUUGCAUUCUGGGACUGAAUUUUUCUGUCACUUUAUGUUUGACACUACGACGCUGCAGAGGAUUAAAAUCCAACACUUUCAGCUCGAUCUUUAUCAAACCUUCUGUGUACAAAUAUAUUCUGUAAAUAGAUAAAGUAUAUGGAACUCUGUGUUGCCAUGAUGACGUGGAGAGACAUUAUAAAUAAAGUGUGUAACUUUAUAAAAAAAAAAAAAAAACACUGGGCGGAGCUACCUGCUGCUGUUGCCAUGGCAACUGGACACUAAAGGAAAACGGGGUCAUUGUCUCCUGUUGCAGAUUGGAGUCAAAAUAAUGAAACAAAAAACGAAACAUGACAAAGAAAAGACACAAUAUCAGUUUCCUGUUUUUAAUAUGAUUUAUGUUUCGCUGGGUCGUUUUGACUCUUGACAUUUUGGUCUGAUUUUGUGCAGAUCAUGAAACGAACCCCGAGUCGGGUCUGCUGUAACGUCUGUUCGCCUUUCAGCCGCCGUACCCUUUUCUUCUGUUUUCUGUUGAGUCUCCGUCCUUGUCUCUGAUUGGACAGGACGAGACACGCUGUCGCUUUGGAUUCGCUUUUUAAAUGAGGCCUCAUGCUGCGUUCAGGAAACACGGGACAUUUAUAUGUUUUCUGACAACCUACGAUGGACACGUAAAAACAAACAGUAUCGUGGUUCCCUGAACGCCACGCUGGGAAUGCAGAGUAACUCAUAUUAAAUCAUGUUAUUAAUGAUUAAACAAUGAAGUACUUGAUUCUGUUUAUUUUCCAGACUUUACUUUUACUUCCUACAUUAUUUUACAUCAGUUACGUCUUUUGUGAUAAAAAGUCAUACUCUACUGAUGUAAAAUGGCACAAAAGAAAAAUGACACAAAAUAAAUGAUGCUGGAUUUAAUUAUGAAAUUACAUAAAAGACUCAUCCAUCAGUGUUGAAGAUGUGUGUCUCUAAAAGUCUUGUUUUUGACAUCUCUCUGGACAUUUCAGAGGAUGGACUUUUUGAUGACACUCUCUGGAAGUUUUUAAAAUAUCGAUGACCUUAAUGACAAAAUACCAACAUGUUUAAUCUGAUCUUUAAUUGAAAAACUUUGAAAAGGACAUCCACUUUCCCACUUCACCUGAACGCAGCAUCUGUCCUCUAGCAGCAGGGCCGCUCCGCCCUCAGCUCCUGAUUGACAGGUGAUCUGUCCAAUCAGGGGAACCCCUUACCUGGCCCCGCCCACUCCCUGUCUGACAAUGGCGUUUGUACAGAUGUAUGUCUUCGUGGCAUCUUCGUCGUGCUGGCGACGCAGCGGCGAAGGACAUUCCACCGUUUCCUUUGUGGAGUUUUUCAGUUUGACUUUUUUCACUUUGUUUUAAUUUUGCUGUAUAAAGAGUUGAACACAGCUGUAUGAAGAGUUGGACUUUAACUGCAUUAAAUAAAUAUUUUAUUUUGACUCUUUUCA